CCCUCCUUUUAGGCUGGAGAGACUUCGACCUUCGCUUUGUGAGCCUGACUUGUUCUUCCUUGCCCUUCCCUUGGCCCAGGAAAAGCGGGGCAAGCAUGGCUAGGGCGCUGCUAGCCCUCCGAGCCCGGCUCCAUCCCCUGCUUGGUCCCAGGGCCGCCCAGAGGGGUCUCCAUUCGGGGGACCCUCCUCGGAAGCUGGACCUGCGGGGCAUCUACCCGCCUUUGGUCACUCCCUUCACCACGCAAGGAGAGGUGGGCUACAGCCACUUGGAGGAGAACCUACGCCUCUAUGGACGGAUCCCCUUCCGAGGUUUUGUGGUACAGGGUUCAAAUGGGGAAACUCCCUACUUGACGCAACAAGAACGCCUGGAAAUAGUGAGACGUGUGCGUCAAACAAUACCCAGGGAAAAUCUUCUUCUUGCUGGGACUGGAUGUGAAUCAACUCGGAGCACCAUUGAAAUGACAGCGCUAAUGGCCGACGGAGGUGCUGAUGCUGCCCUUGUGGUAACUCCUUUCUACUUCCGAGGAAGCAUGACCAGUGCUGCCUUGAUCCAUCAUUACACACAGGUGGCUGAUGCCUCUCCGAUCCCUGUGAUACUCUACAGUGUCCCAGCUAACACAGGGCUGGACCUGCCCAUCGAUGCGGUGCUCACAUUAGCGCAACACCCCAACAUUGUGGGGAUCAAGGACAGUGGUGGCAACAUUACCCGCAUAGCACUCCUUGUCCACAAGACCCAAAAUGAGGACUUCCAAGUACUGGCUGGAUCAGCUGGUUUUCUGCUGGCUGGCUACAUCGUAGGUGCUGUUGGAGGAAUCUGUGCCCUUGCUAAUGUACUUGGCACUCAAGUCUGUCAGCUUGAGCAGCUAUGUCAAGCUGGAAGCUGGGACGAGGCUCGUGAAUUGCAGCAUCGGCUCAUUGAGCCAAACACUGCAGUGACUCAAAAGUUUGGAAUCCCAGGCCUCAAGCAGGCCAUGGAGUGGUUUGGUUACAAUGGAGGCCUCUGUCGUGCCCCUUUGCUCCCUUUAAGUGAGAUACAAGUGAAAGGACUGCGCCAGGAUUUCACUUCCAACGGUUGGCUCUGAAAUGCUAUGCUGUUCCAAACAAGAACUUGAAACCUGGAAAUAGCCAGGUGUUUUUUUUUUUUUUUGGCUGCCUCGCUGGGCAUCAGUUUUCACAUUUACUGAAAUACCGGUCAUCCAACCCACACCUCUUUCAUUGUCAUGCUUUAUUGGAAAUCUAAGUGUUGAAAUAGCAGACAAACAAGGAAAAGUAAACUCUGGAGCGGAACUUCAAAGAAAUUAAUCGUCUUGUCAUAGAAAUUCCCUUUGCUAUAUAGGCUUUGCCCCAUUGUUUUAAGAUUAGCCUAUUUCCUUUUAUAGUCCUCCGACUAUAGCAGUUAGUGUGUUGGACCAAGGUCCUCAGAAACCAGGGUUCAAAUUUCCACUCCACCUGGGAAAUAUACUGGGUGACCUUGGAUAAGUCACAUUUCCUGAGCCUCAGAGGAAGGCAACCCCCUCCCCUUUCUGAAUGUAUUUUGCAAUGGUAUUAUGAUAGGGUCACUAUACAUCAGAAAUUACUUGAAGGCACACAAUGAUGAGCCUUUUGGUCACCUAUUAUGGUAUAUGCUUUACUCCAUUGCCUGCUCUAUUGUCCUUUAAUCUCAGGACUGAUUAGAUAUGUCACUCCCUGGUUCUAAAACUGAAAGAUCUCCAUAAUCCCCUUCAUUGUUAGGGUGGUGAGAUAUCAUUGUUCCUAUCCUGAUUUACCAGGUUCAAGUAUCACCUCUUGUUCCCAACAAUACGUUCCAUGAUUAAGUCAAAUGUUUGAAGGGAAGAGUUUAUUGCAUGAGUGCAUGUCCUGCUUCUAUGAACCUGGAUUUGCCGAACAAUUGCUAAUUCUUGAUGUGAAUAAGAAUGUAGGAGAAGGAGUUGGGGUGCAGGUUUGACCAAUACAUUCAGAGUAUUGACAAGAGCCAAACUAGUUAUUGGAAAGCAUUAAUUAAGAGGGAAAAUGAUGUUUCACAGCCAACACUGCUUCCUGAUGUACUUUUGACUUGCUUCCUUUCAGCUCCUGGGACUGAUGUGACAGGGAGUCGAAUAGUUUUUCAGUGUGACACAAUUUCCAAAUUAAAGAGAUUCUGUUGUGGUUUUCCCA